CGUUUAGAAGCUUGCUCGCCGAUAUUGCCGAGCGUGAAGUUGCGGCCCGCACGGUAUUCUAUCUUCUGUCCCCCAAUUCGUUACGUAAUUAAAUAUCUAGCGGCAUCAUCUGACGUGCGCUUCGAGGAACCGCUGGUAUAAAUCAAAGCACUUCACUCUACUUACAACCAUACCGAAAUUGACGUCUCUCUUCACAGUCCCCGUUUGGUCGCUGAGUAACGCGAGGGGAAGUCGGAGGGAGUGGGAGUGAAAAUAUGAGUUUCAGCAUAAGCUACUGUGGAAGUCAUGGUCUUCCAACUUUUAGAAUAUCUAGCUGCAAUAUUGACCGACAUAGCCGUCACGGAAAAUCUGUUCUUCCCAGUAACACGCAGAAGAAACUUUCCAAGCCUGAGAAUCUUUCCAUCAAGUUUUAAGUUUGAUAGCACCAGCUUAAUGGCCGUGAUAGGAUCUGUGACAGUGGCCAAUUUAAUUGCACCGGUUGCUGCAAAGGCUGAAGUGGUUGAUUCUGUUUAUGCUUUGGCUGAUGGAAGCUUGGGCGAUUGGUUUGGAGGCUUGCUAUAUUCAGCUGGACAGCAGGCUAAUGCAGCUGUUCUAGACCAACUAGCUUCUCUCAACUUCACCAGGUACUCCACAAUGUAUCCUAUGCAUCUUUAUUGUCUAUUCCCCCCCUGAAGAUCUUAUGCUUAUGCUUAUGGUUUCUUCUUUGCUGCUUAUUCAUAUUCACAGUUA